CGACCAUUAAUUUGUCCUUUACAACGGAACAAUAACACCACCUGUUGCACUCACUCUACUUGUCGAGGUCGUCACAUGUUUUACGGAUUAACUGUACCUGCAUAUAAGCGACACAUUUUUUUUUCCGGAAUCUCGUUAGUGUUGUACUACAUGCGUUGUUGCAGCUGGACAUGUUGAGGUUUCCAGUUUUGGUCUUCGCGACCGCCAGCAUCGUUUCUGUCGACGCGGGGGACAGGGCCUGGUGCAAAGACGAAAAGAGGCAAAAUGUCGACUGGUUCAUCAUGUACAAACUUCCCAAGAUGCAAAAGACGGAUGUCAACUACAUGACACCAGGCGGAGGAGAGUUUGCCUACGUCGAUUCCAACACACCAUCUACAACUACAUACUGGACGUUGUCUGAAGAAGACAUCUACAAGGCUGACAAUCCCAUGGCCUACACGCUGGCCCCCUUGUACGAAACCGGCAAGCCUUCGGACUUAUUAUACGCUGUUUACAACGACCAGCCGCCAGACAUCUACAACGGAACUCGAAACGGUCACACAAAAGGUGUAGUGAUUGUUGACAACACUACUAGCAUCUGGCUUCAACACAGCGUGCCCAAAUUUGUGGAGAACCUGUACGGUGGACAAUACACGUUCCCGGAGAGUGCACGAGAGAAUGGUCAAGCCAUCAUGUGCGUCACCUUCAACGCUUCUGACGUCAAUACUGUUGCCAGGCACCUCCGGAUGCAGUACGCUAACGUGUACGAAAGGGGAGGGCCUAAAUACCUGAGAGACAGCCAUCCUCAGAUGGACCUUCUGCUCAACGACAGCUUCAUCCGCACGUCUGGAGCCAAUCUGUACAUCGACAAUAUCACCAGCUUGGCGGGUCAGAAGUUUGUAAGCAUCGCCAAGAGAGCAACGUUGCAAGUGGAUAUCUACUCGGCCGUCGUCACUAACGUCACCCAAAACGACUUACUCGUGCAAUCGUGGCGAAACGGAGCCGGCGGGAAAUUGAACGCUACUUGUAACACGAUGUACACCGUUGUGGACGCUCAGCAAGUUCGUCUUGGGUUCCAAACUAAUUUCAUCAUCUGGUCAUCGAGCGAAGAUCACAGCAAAUGGGCUGUGGGCAUCGACAAGCCCUGGUUCUGCUUUGGCUCUCUCAACAGGAUGGAGUCGCAGUUCACAAGGGGAGGCGAAGUACUGUGCAUGCUGGAGCCCAUGGUGAGCAACCUCUUCAGGAAAAGCGGAAUCACAAACGAAACAUGCGGCAUACCAUGACCCUCCUACAAUGCGUUACAGCAGUGAU